AUGUGGUCGUUGUACAUACUGACAUAUUUUGCCGGCCAUCUAUCAGUUGCCGCAUCGGAGGGUGCUAUUCGUCCAUCCCAAGAUAGCUGGUAUGUCCAGCCAGCCAAUAUCAGCAAUUAUAUGCCGGGCGAGAUGGUCCGCUCUCGUCAGGUCUCAAACCGCCUUCAAUCAUUGCUUACAGUUCCGGUCGAAGUUUCUGUUGAAUCAGUGCAUCAAUAUAUGUUCCGGACGACAGACAGUCUCGGCAAUCCUGUAGCAGCCAUAACCACUCUUCUUGUGCCCUAUGAUUCGGACCCCUCAAAGUUGCUUGUAUACCAAACGGCCUAUGAUACUUCCAAUCCGGAUUGCAGUCCGUCCUACGCGCUGCGAUAUCGAUCCACUGUGGACACUGUAACCAACUUAUUUAAUAACAUGAUUCCGGCCGAGACCCCACUUCUAGCGGCAGCCUUAAAUAAAGGGUGGUGGGUCGUAACCGCUGACUAUGAAGGUCUGGAUGGACAUUUUACGGCUGGUCUGCAAUCUGGCCGUGCCACGCUAGACUCCUUACGUGUUGUCCUCAAGGAAGGACCCAAGAUUGGAUUGGCACCAGAUGCGCGAUAUGCCAUGUGGGGAUACUCCGGAGGUUCACUGGCAUGUGGGUGGGCAGCCGAGCUACAGCCUUCGUAUGCCCCUGAACUUCACUUCGCGGGCGCCGCAUUGGGUGGCACAGUUCCAAGUGUGAGGUCAGGCCUAAGCAGAAUCAAUGGGGGCCCAUUUACUGGGCUAGCAUACCAUGGAAUCAACGGACUGGCCAAGGCAUAUCCGAACUUUACCGAGUGGUUGGACCAAAACCUCGUCUCGGAGAAGAAGGCGGAGUUUUAUGCUAGAGCUGGUGCAUGCACUGUUUCCGAAAUAGGUCCCCAGGGAGCAUUCCAAGAUAUCUACUCGUAUUUUGUGAAUGGGGAGUCGUCUAUAUCUGAGCCCAUCCCAGCUUCGGUUUUCCAGUGGGGUACGCAGAUGGGCGUCCAUGGAACUCCCAAAAUGCCACUAUUUGUUUAUAAAGCCGUCAAUGAUGAAGUUUCUCCCGGAAAAGAUACAGAUGAUCUGAUUGACCACUACUGUCGCAAUGGCGCUACAAUUGAGUACCACAGGGACCUGCUUGGAGAGCAUACCUCUGAGGUAAUAACUGGCUCGGCGAAUGCAAUAAAUUGGCUUUCUGAGAGGCUAGCUGGGAAACACUUGAAUCACAUGGGAUCAUGCAUUAAAAAGGAUGUAGUUGUCACGGAGCUCGGCCAAGACACACUUCCUAUUUUUGGUGAUGAGAUACGAGGACUGCUGAAUAUUGCCCUGGGAAGUAUGCUGGGACCACAUUCAACUUGA